GAAGCCAUCUUCUUCCUCACAAAAACUAUUCAAAAUCAAAAUUUCUCAGUUGCUUCUUCUUCAAGAAAAGAAUCAACCAAUGAUUGAUUAAUCCAGCUACACUCUCCGUAUGUUAACUCUUCAGCUCCUCUCUUAAUUUUCAGUUAUUUAAAUCAAAUUCUUGAUCCUAUUCGUUAAGCAUUAACAAUUCGGGUCGGGCUUUGGGGAUUUUAGAUUAUUUUAGUUAUUUUAUCAAAUGGCAAGCGUAGUGAAUUCAGUGUCUCCUUUAACAAACCCAUACCCGGAUACAGCAAAAUUAGCUUGUGGAUUCUUUUCACAUAUACCAAAUCUGCAUUCCUUUGCCAUUAAUAAAGCUUUCACUAGGGUUUUAGCCUCGAACCAGGUCACAAUUUCCCCCAAAAUAUCAGUCAUUGCGUUACCGAAUUGGAGAUCAGGCAAGAGUGACCAAAGAAAUAGGGACAUAAGGCUGAGUGAUGCUUAUUUUAACCUAGAGCAUUUUGUUAAAAAUGGGCAUAAGCCUGAUGUUGUUCAAGCAACUCAGCUUUUGUAUGAUUUGUGCAAGUCGAAUAAGAUGAAAAAGGCGAUACGCGUAAUGGAAAUGAUGAUUGAGAGUGGAAUUAUUCCUGAUGCUGCUUCGUAUACUUUCUUGGUGAACCAUUUGUGUAAGAGAGGGAAUGUUGGGUAUGCUAUGCAGUUGGUGGAGAAAAUGGAGGAGCAUGGCUAUACGGCAAAUACUGUGACGUAUAAUACGCUUGUUAAAGGGCUAUGUACGCAUGGAAAUUUGAAUAAAAGCAUACAGUUUCUGGAUAAAUUGAUGCAGAAGGGAUUGGUUCCGAAUGCAUUUACUUAUUCAUCUUUGCUUAUGGCGGCUUAUAAGGAAAGGGGAUUUGAUGAAGCGAUGAGGCUUUUAGAUGAGAUAAUUGCGAAAGGCGGGGAGCCUAAUUUGGUUAGUUACAAUGUUCUGUUGACUGGAUUGUGUAAGGAAGGAAGGAUCGAUGAUGCUAUUCGAUUAUUUAGGGAUUUGCCUUCGAUGGGGUUUCGUCCGAAUGUAGUGAGCUACAAUAUCUUGCUGAGGAGCUUGUGCUAUGAAGGACGAUGGGACGAGUCUAAUGGGCUUCUGGCUGAGAUGAAUGGUGUGGAAAGCUCUCCGUCUAUUGUUACCUAUAACAUACUAAUCGGUUCACUUGCCUUCCACGGAAGGAUAAAACAUGCUCUUCAGAUUGUUGAUGAAAUGAUGGAGGGACCAUUUAAGCCAACCACAACAAGCUAUAAUCCUAUAAUUGCUCGUCUUUGCAAAGAUGGUAAGAUUGACCUUGUAGUCAAGUGUCUGGAACAAAUGAUUACUCGUCGAUGUAAUCCAAAUGAAGGAACUUUCAAUGCUAUAGCUGUGCUAUGCAACGAGGGAAAGGCACAAGAAGCAUUCUCCUUAAUUCAAAGCUUAGGAAGUAAGCAAAAUUACUCAAUCCGCGACUAUAACAAAGGUGUGAUCUCUAGCUUGUGUAGAAAAGGUAACACAUAUCCAGCAUUACAACUCUUAUUUGAAAUGACAAAAUAUGGAUUUGUUCCCGAUUCUUACACCUACUCGGCUCUAAUACGAGGGCUGUGUGUUGAGGGGAUGCUAUAUGAGGCAAUGGAGAUUUUCAAGUUACUGGAAGAAAACGAUUAUAAGCCCGAUGUUGACAACUUCAAUGCUCUCAUACUAGGAUUGUGUAAAUCUCGCAGAACAGAUUUGUCGUUGGAGGUUUUCGGGAUGAUGAUUGAGAAAGGGUACAUGCCUAGUGAAACAACAUACACCAUUUUAAUUGAAGGGAUUAUUCACGAAGAGGAGAAGGAGUUGGCGGCGGAUAUUCUAAGAGAGUUAUAUCAGAGGCAAGUCAUGAGUCAGAGUACAGUUGAGAGAAUUCUUAUGCAGUAUGACAUUGAGGGUGUACCUGUAUAAGACGAUGUGAAUUAGGUAGUACAUAUCUACAAUUGAGGAUUCCAUCGUUGUUGCUCUCUAUGGAGUUUUCACUGCAACUCUUCAGAUUAAGUGUCAUUCCGGAACAUGAAUUCUACGCAUGGAUAACAAUUGCAGUGGAAUCUGAUUCAAAUUUUGCAAAGCUCCGGGUAAAGCCAUGUGAGAGAACUUCGGGUUGCUUUAAGCUAAUGGCUCAACUGAUUACACUACAGAGAUUUUGCAGUUGUAUUAGCUUGAAGUAAAUAAUUUAUAGGAUAUGAUGCUGACACAUACUUGAUCAUCUUUGUCCUCAUUAAUAUCAUAUGUAACAAAUGAUUCAUUUAUUAUAAUAUUUACUUUGAAAAAAUGCUUUAUAA